CUUAUCUUUAGAAGUAGGUAAUCGCUGUAGAUAAAAUUUUAGUGAACAUUGUUUGAGACAGUUAACAAUGGUUUCAGCAAAGUUUUAUUUUCUCGUAGUAAUUGAAGCACUUUUGUUUAUAUGUGUACGUUCGGAAGAACUAUUUGCUAAACAACAGAUUCAAUCUUACGUUUCAUGUCGCAACGAUGCCGACUGUAAGAAUAAUUCUUUUUGUUACGGAAAUGAUGAUAAUACGUAUGGAAAAUGCAAAUGCACGGAAGGAUUCGAACUAAAUCGGAUAAACGCAACAGAUUAUGAAUGUUUGCCAAGAGUGUAUUUGGGGGACGCCUGCGAGGAAGACUUCCAAUGCCAGUUGGUGGCAACCCCUCUUGCCGUAUGCAAUGACAAGAAAAUAUGCGAAUGCAGCCCCGGAAGCCACAGCGUUCAGAGAAAAUGUUUCGCCGAUGUUAGAUUGGGCGAAGUCUGCAUGGUUCACGAUAACUGUCUUCUGAGCGACGGUACUUAUGCUUUUUGCGUGGCUGGCGUCUGCACAUGUCGUAAAAACGAAGCACCAUCACCUGACAAGACUCUCUGUCUCGGCUCAAGAAAUUUGGGACAACCUUGUAAAUCAGACAAGGAAUGUAUCUCGGUUCCCAAUGCGAGGUGCUUGGAAAAAUGUGUGUGCCAGACGGCUUACACUUUGUCACGAAACGAGACUGAGUGUGUUAAAGCCGCGACCGAGUUCGGAGAGCCGUGCGAUUUUGAUGGCCAGUGUUCGAAAUUUUUGUCAGAGAGUGUUUGCAAUAAAGGGGUUUGUGGCUGCUUGCCUGGGUCACACAAAUAUGGCAGUAGGUGUGUCAGGACGAAACAGAUUGGGCAAUCAUGCGAAAAGAACGAGGAGUGCAUUUACAAAAAGGAAAUGAAUGGAAAUGUCAGGUGUGAGAACAAAAAAUGUAUGUGUUUGUUCGGAACCAACAAGAGUGGUGACUGCAAUAUUGAAAAAAUACUAGACGGGGAGGGAAAGAAUGCGGCCAGUGAUGUAAUUUCCACAAAAAGUUUAUUGUUUAGUGUAAUAAAUAUCUUGUUUGUUAUUUAUUUUACAUAAUAAAACACAUUUUCUUUAUAACAUUUUAA